AAUGAGUUUGAGUUGGUUGGUGUCUCCUUAAUUACAUAAAACUACUAAUGGCUAUUUUAUAAAUCAUGAUAAUAUCAUGCUUGGUAAUUCAAAUAAUAAUUAUUUAAUCAGCUGGCCCUCAAGAUAAGAGAAGAUUAAUAUUUUAUUAUAUUGCAAACUAGACACCAGAAAAAAUUACAAAAGAAGAUCAUUAGAAAUUUAUAAGAGAAAAAUUCAUAGAUGUAGAUGCAAGAUCUGGAGUAUUUUCAUUUGGUGGUAUUUUCUUGGCUCUAGCAACAAUAAGGGAAUAAUAAUUAAUAACCUCUAGAAUUACUAGUCGCCCAAUCUUAAAUGGAAUAUUAGUUUUGGGAAUUGGUAAUUUGAUAUAAUAUAAUACAUAUAGGAUUGGUUUCUGCAGCAUUUUCAUACAAUUUAUCAUAAAUUUUAUUUGAACCCCUUUUUGUAUAAAGAAAUUAGGUGAUAUCUGAUUUGGCUGAAAAAUAUAACUUUUCAGUGUUUGAUUUCGCAAUAGCAAAGAAAGAAGCCAGAUUAAAACAAUUAAGAGCAGAGUUAACAAGUGACAGUAGUAAUGCAGCACAUUUCUGAAU